CUGACGACCCGGGCCGCCCGCAACGGCGGCGGGGCGGAGUCGUUGAGGCUGCGAGGCCGCGGACUCGACGGACCGGGAGGGGCCCGUGCAGCGGACAGACUCUGCUCCACGGGAACAGGGACUAUGAGAAAAUGGUCGGGCAAAGGAGGAACAAGCCCAGAGAAGCGGCUCCGGAGCCGCUGCACUCUCCGCGCUGCGUGCAGGCGAGGCGGCGGCGGCGGCGGGCCACCGGGGCGGGGGAGCCGCUGCUGGAGGAGGAGCCGCGGGAGGAGGCGGAAAGGCCGGAGCUGCCCAGGGCCGUAGGCUUCGGGCGCCUGCCGGGGGGCUCCCGGCCCUGCUCUCCGCGGAGGCCCCGAAAACUGAAGGCGCAGACAUGCAUGCAAAUGGAACUGGUCUCCAAGACCCUGUCUCUCCGCCGCUUCCAAUUCUUCAACUCUUUCCUGGAGCAGCUGCGCGACAAGGUGCAUCUCUUGCGGAGACGUCAGUUCUCGUUCCGGACCACUGUCGGCGUAGCUGCCUUUAUAGGAGUUUUGCACUGGAUGCAUUUAGUAACACUUUUUGAAAAUGAUCGUCAUUUUUCUCACCUCUCGUCUUUGGAGCGGGAGAUGACUUUUCGCACUGAAAUGGGACUCUAUUAUUCCUACUUCAAGACCAUUAUCGAAGCUCCUUCGUUUUUGGAAGGGCUGUGGAUGAUUAUGAACGACAGGCUCACGGAGUACCCCCUCGUCAUUAACACGGUGAAGCGCUUCCACCUUUACCCCGAGGUGAUUCUGGCCUUCCUGUACCGCACGGUGGUGGGGCUCACGAAUUUACUUGGGAUAGAAACCAAGACCUGCUGGAAUGUCACCAGAGUAGAGCCUCUAAAUGAAGUUCAAAGCUGUGAAGGAAUUGGAGACCCCGCUUGCUUCUACGUCGGUAUGAUUUUUAUCUUAAAUGGAAUGAUGAUGGCGUUGUUCUUCGUGUAUGGUGCGUACCUGAGUGGGACUCACCUGGGAGGUCUAAUUACAGUAUUAUGCUGCUUUUUCAACCAUGGAGAGGCGACCCGUGUGAUGUGGACCCCGCCUCUCCGGGAAAGCUUUUCCUACCCGUUCCUUGUGCUUCAGAUGUUCAUUCUGACUUUGAUUCUCAGGACCUCGAACAGCAGCGGCAGGCACUUCAUGGCGCUCGGCCUCGCCAGCGUGGCCUUCAUGCUGCCCUGGCAGUUCGCGCAGUUCAUCCUCUUCACGCAGAUAGCCUCGUUAUUUCCUAUGUAUGUCGUGGGGUACAUUGAGCCAAAUAAAUUCAAGAAGAUCAUUUAUGUGAACAUGAUUUCAGUCCUCCUUUGUUUUGUAUUGAUGUUUGGAAAUCCAAUGUAUUUAUCUUCUUACUAUUCUUCAUCUUUGUUGAUGACAUGGGUGAUAAUUCUGAAGAGAAAUAACAUUCAAAGAUUGGGAGUGUCUGAACUCAACUUUUGGCUAAUUCAAGGUUGUGGUUGGUUGUGUGGAACAAUCAUUUUGAAGUUUCUGACAUCCAAAAUCUUAGGCGUUUCAGACCAUAUCCGCCUGAGUGACCUCAUAGCUGCGAGGAUCUUGGGGUACACAGACUUCGACACCUUGAUCUACACCUGUGCUCCCGAGUUUGACUUUAUGGAAAAAGCGACUCCGCUGAGAUACACAAAGACAUUAUUGCUUCCACUCGUAAUGGUGAUCACUUACUUCAUCUUUAAAAAGACCUUUCGUGAUGUUUUAUGUGUCUUAUCUGCAAACACUUAUCUAAGAAAACAGCUCCUUGAACAUGGUGAGCUGAUCUUCCACACGCUGCAGCUGUUCGCGUUUUCCGCCCUGGCCGUCCUCAUCAUGCGGCUGAAGCUGUUCCUGACCCCGCACAUGUGCCUGAUGGCGUCCCUCAUCUGCAGCCGGCGGCUCUUUGGCUGGCUUUUUUGCAGAGUUCGAUUUGAGAAUGUUAUCUUUAGCCUCCUAACCGUCAUGUCACUGCAAGGUUGUGCGAACCUCCAUAAUCAGUGGAGCAUAAUAGGAGAGUUUAAUAACUUGCCCCAGGAAGAACUGAUUCAGUGGAUCAAACACAACACCAGAACAGACGCGGUGUUCGCGGGGGCCAUGCCGACCAUGGCGAGUGUGAAGCUGUCCACCCUGCGCCCCAUUGUGAAUCACCCGCACUACGAGGACGCAGACCUGAGGGCCCGGACAAAAAUAGUGUAUUCUAUGUAUAGUCGAAAAUCUACAAAAGAAGUAAGAGACAAGUUGUUGGAGUUACAUGUGAAUUAUUUUGUUUUAGAAGAGGCAUGGUGUGUUGUGAGAACCAAGCCCGGCUGCAGCAUGCUCGAGAUUUGGGACCUGGAGGACCCUUCCAACGCGGCGAACCCCCCCUUGUGCAGCACCCUGCUGGGGGACGCCCGGCCGCACUUCACCACGGUGUUCCAGAACAGCAUGUACAGAGUCCUCAAGGUCGUCUGAGGCUGCAGCCGCCCGCCGCGCGGUGGCGCACUGCGGCGCGGAGGGGUGCACUGCAGACGGCCGCUUGGGCUUGUUCGCGCUGACCGACAUCGCAAGCCUCAGUCAGGGACCCUUAAAAAGAAGAUAAUAAAGCGAUUUAGUUUUUCCGAUUGCUGAAGGGUAAAUUAUUUCAUUGUUUUCCAUUGGAUGUCAGCCUUAUUAAGCUUGCAUUUAAAUAAUUAAAUCAGUUCAUACUGCAUAAACAAAUGUUCAUCUUAAAGGUUUAAAAAACGGUAUGUAAAAGAACAAUGAAAUUUAACAAAUCAAAGAUAUGUGAGUCUUUUCAGUCCAACCAGGUGAAUUCUUCAGGUUCUCUCUAGCACCGGGACAUACUGGUUCCGACUCAACCGCUUGGACCGACUAAAGCUGUUGCUGACCUGACACCUCGGGUCCCGACCUCUGACCUCGGCGGGGAAAUUUGUUUGUAACCAUGCCACCGCUAAGAUUGUUUCUGCUUUUACUAGCCUCUCGAAAGGUCUUUAAUAGCUUUUAAUAACUUUUUAUCGCUUCGAGUUAAGUAUUUUUAAAAACAGCCUACUCUGUAAUGUUUUGACCCUCUUGAGUUUGUUUAACCAAGCAGAUAAGUAUUUUUGCCACUGAUGAGUUCUCUGCCUAAGUGUAGCAGGUUAUUAAUCUGUCUUUGGAAUCCAGUGGUUUUUCUUUUAAUAUCCAGGUAAAAUAAAAAAUUGCUAUCAUACAUGACAUAAUUUCGGCUGAAACAUAAUCAGAAAAGAAACUCCAGUUAAAUUUGUCCAAUGAGAUUUUUAAGAUCCUAGGUCUUGAAUGAAGCAAACGCACCUUGUCUUGCCAGCCGUGCAGCUGACGGGACACAGCCUUUGUUUUCUUCCGGUCACCAUCAUUUGUAGUGACGUAUUUGAAGUCCUCUCCAGCUUUUAGAGUUGCAAAACAUUUUACUGUAGGAUACAAAGCAGCUAAGAAAGCACGCCACAUUUGACUUACUUUAGCAUUUUCAAGUAAUUUGUUUUGGUGUGUGGACAAAGAAGGAAGAGAGACAUAACACCCGACAUUCAUGCAGUUGAUGUAACACAUACCGGGCGGUGCUUGCAUAGGAAACAUUUAAAGUUGGCAGAAUUCAACGACAACAACAAAAUGGGACAAGCUGUAUUAACUUAUAAAAUGUUCCAUGUAAAUAUAAUGUAUUAAUAUGGGUUUAUGUUACUUUCAUGUGCUGUGUGUGUUUAAAAAUUAAAAGAGCCUUGAAAAUUC